AUGCAUGCGGGCCCUAGAGCUCACCUCAAUUUGAGCCAAUCGCACACUUCUGGGAUCUACAUCGCUAAGCAACAAUCAGCUCACGUCGGUGCUGAAGGAUGCUUUUCCUGUUCUGCCAAACCUCACGAAGCUCCGUCCACGCUGUUGCGCUUAUGUCAUUCUUCUCCUUUCUGCACUGUCGAUCACACUGGGCUCUUAACCAUACCUCCGUCCCUAACUCCUUCAGCCACUAGAGCUCUUCAUCCAACGAAAAAUGGUCGACCACCGCUCGAUUAUCAUAUCUGGCGAGUGUCCUUCACAAUGUACCAGCUAGCUGUGUUUGCAAUUGACGCGUCUGCUGUCAAAGCAUUAGUUUAA